GAGUCUCUUUGAGAUGUCUCUUACAACUUGAGGGCUGCAUAUUUUAUUUUAAGUUUUGCGCGCUUAGGGGGCCCUUUCAAAAACAAAUGAAGAUAUUCAAGUAAUCUGUUGCUUAAACAGUUGAAAUAGUCACGUACAUAAAAUAUGAAGCAUGUAGUAGAAUUUAAGUCAGACAAUUUGGGCAAGUUUGAAAUUUUGUUCGUAAAUAUUAAUACACUCUACAAUACUCUAGAUUUUUAAAGAAAGGACUUAUUCUUUGUAUAUACUGUGAUACAUAUAUAUAUCACAAUGGAAAUGAAAGAAGUGCCAAAAGCUUUUGGAGAGAUGCCAUCGUCUAGUAGGAAAGGUGACAAAGACAAAAAAGAGACAGAAGAAAAAAGGAAAAAAGACGAGGUGUGGAUGGUUGCUCCAUCGGACAGCCGUGUAACACGGGGUCUUGAAGUACUGUCCUCUUUGGAUAAGAUUUAUGUGUCUCAGAGGCUGAUGCCAUUUGAAGAAUAUACGUCAAAAAAGUUCAUGUUUCAGAUUAAAAAUGGAAAGGGCGAGAAUGUCUAUAGGGGUCUCGAGAGACCGUCGGUCCUUCAAUUUAUUUUUGAUAGUUCAUAUCCAUUUAAAAUGGAUCUUGUGGAUAAGUCGGGAACGAAAUUAGUGGAAUUGGACCAUCCUUGUAGUUGCGCAUUGUGUCCCUGCUUCAACGUCUGUGAUAAAAAAAUAAAAGUUUAUGCACCUCCUGGACAUUAUAUUGGCGAAGUGUUGAAGAUCAUUUCUUACAAAUAUACUGAAUAUGUCGUUCAAGACGCUAAUGGCAAGGAAGUGAUUUUUAUUGACGGUCCACCCAUUUAUAAAAAUAUAGGGAAGGUCACACUGGCGAUAUGGGACUCGCAUGACCAUCAGAUUGGAACUAUAACCAAAGAGUUUCCAAUAUUGGAAUCUCUUUUUACGGAGUCAUCAUAUUUUUCUGCUUCGUUUCCUUCCAGCUUAAAUACGAAUUAUAAAGCUUUAAUCCUUGGUGGCGUCAUUUUGUUGAGUGUUGCUAGUAUAUAAGCUCUACUCGGAAUCUCAUGAAUAAUCGCAAAGCCCUAUCAAAUAAUCAUCAGUUUGCUUUUAUGUACAAAUGCCCGGAAUAUAUAUAUAUAUAUAUAUAUAUAUAUAUAUAUAUAUACAUAUAUAUUUUUUAAGGAAAAUGUGUGCAUUCAUUUUAUUUAUAUUUCAGUCAUUUAAAUUUGAAUAUAUUUGCUAGCCAAUCUUGGUGGGUUGUGCAGGCAGGCUAAGUAGAAAAUGCCUAGUUGUUCUUGGCAAAGUACUUUGUUUUCUCCUCCGGAUUGGGCACAAUCUGCGAACACAUGUCAGUGAAAUAAAUAAAGCAACAAUUGCGUUA